AUGGCCGAUUCGCCGCUGAAUUCUCCAGCCGAUCUCCGAGAUCUCAUUGUCUACGAUAUUCAUCAAUGGAAAACUACCGAUAAAUCAUAUAAAAUCUAUGAAAAACUGUGUAAAGUUUUGGAAAAAGAAGCGAUUUCUUACGAAAAUUAUGAGUAUUGGUUCAAUCGAUAUCUCAAAGAGAACUACAAUUCUGCGAUAGAUGGAAGAACUUACCGUGUUGGAAACUUAAAAGUAUGCAUUCUCGCUGACGUCAUUGAUGGAAGAUCGACUGAAAACUCAUAUAGAGAUCUAUGUGAAGCAUUCGGAAACGGUAAAGUUGUCAAGGGUGUUCACCACAAUCGUUAUGACCACUAUCACUUCGAAGCGCAUCGACACUCCCUCAUCAUGACUGAACGUUCAAAAUAUUUCAAUGCAACCCAUCCGUAUACUUAUAAUGAUGUUGGCCUUACAUUCUCCAACUUGCCAGAAGAUGUAAUCACCGAAAUCGUGGAUAGAUGUGACUUGAAGUCAUAUCUGAAUCUCCGAAUUGUCUCUCAUUCACUCCGAACAAUUGUCGAUAAACGGCCACCUCCAUGCACUGAUAUUGAGAUCAUUGUCAGAGAUGAUUACAUUCAAAUCGAGGCGAAUAAUGAGAUUCUGGUGGAUUCUUGUCCCAUUGAACUGACAAAUUUUCGUCAUUGCUCGUUGUAUCUGAUCGAAAAACGUGUGUUUCGAGACCUAGAAGCUCUUCUGAAAAAUCCGAAACUCCGAUUGAAAUCAUUCCGAUUCGAUUCGAAUUCUUCUCUCCAUCAUUGGAAUCAUGUAAUGGAUGUGAAUGCAUCAACUCGGAACUAUUACAUGCUUUUUCUGAAGAUGAUCGAUUCAUUGAAUUCCAAAAUCCACGCAGAACAAUGCACGAUCAAGUCAGCACUCGAGAAACAUGUUAAACGAAUUUUACAAUGUUUCAAACCGGGAACCCUGAAAAAACUGGAACUCAACCACUCGUGUUUGAUGAGUGAAAUGAAUCGAAUAGUUAAAACGGAUCAGUAG